ACCACCACCACGGGCUGUACCACCAGAGAAACGUGAUCGUUCAGCCCAUUAAAACCACCACUACUUCACGCUUAAGGAUGAGCCGCCCGGGAGAUUGGAAUUGCAGGUCAUGCAACCAUCUCAACUUCCAACGGAGGGACUCCUGCCACCGAUGUGGCGACCCUAGGGCUGACUUCGGCGGCGGUGGAUACGGCGGUGGAAGAGGUGGUUCUUCCUCGUUUGGGUUCACCACCGGCCCCGACGUCCGCCCUGGCGAUUGGUACUGCGCUGUCGCUAACUGCGGCGCUCAUAACUUCGCUAGCCGCUCUAUCUGCUUCAAGUGCGGCGCCUCCAAGGAUGAAGCUUCCGCCGCCGCCUACGACGGCGAUUUGUCCCGAAUCAGAGGCUUUAACUUCGGCGGUGCCUCCAACCGCCCUGGAUGGAAAUCUGGUGAUUGGAUUUGUGCCAGAUCCGAUUGCAACGAGCAUAACUUUGCAAGUCGAAGGGAAUGCUUCAGAUGCAAUGCGCCGAGGGAUUCCAACAGCAAGUCACCAUACUCGUAGAGGUGGUGGAAAUGGAAGGAAUAAACUCUAGCUAGAAAGAAGAGAAGCGUUUCUCAUGGUACCUGGACGUCGUCGUUUUGUAUUUUUUUUUAUUUUAAUUUCAAAAGUAGCUUAAUUUCUGCAUGCAUGCAGAAAGGAGUUUAAUGAGGCCCCUUCCCUUUGUAUCCAAUUUUCUAAUUUCAUAUUACUACCCAUCUUUUAUAUGUUAUUAA